AGUUUCUCAUAACUCUUUGCAUGAAUUAUCAUUUGUUUGAUGAUAAAUUGUUUUUAAAUCAACAUGGCCAAUGAUGACCAAAAUAAUGAUGUAUUGGAACGAGAAUUCGAAAGAAUCGUUAAAGAUUGUGUAGAAAAAUCGAAAAAACAAUCGAAUCGUUCCACUUUGAUUGCAUCCAUAUUCUAUUUGUCCGUAUUGUUUUUGAUUGGAUUACCGAUUUGGUAUCGUACAACAACACCCGAACGAUGGCCAUUACCAGAUAUUUCAUGGCUAAUGGUACGAUCACAAACAUUGACACAUUAUUAUAAAAUAUCAAUAAUUCAUCUGAAUGAAUCUGAUGAAUCAUUCCAAAAUAUUGAUCUCCGCAAUUAUCUGCAUGCAAAUCAUCAUACAAGAAUUAGCUUUGAUAAUAGUCUUUCAUUUCGUCAAGAAUGGACAGUACGAUCAGCAUUCAAUAACGAAUUAAUGGCAUUCAAAUCGAUACGGAAUCAAGAUUCGUUUGAAUUGAAUAAAUUGGAUCAACUGCUAUCAGCCGAUAAUAUUCAAUCAAUCAAUUCAAUUAUGUUUUAUGUUCUACCUAGUAAUAUUCAUACAGAUCGAUUUAUAAAUGCCGGCAGAUAUCGAUCCUAUUUUAUUGAUCUAAAUCAUAUGGAUAAUAUCUGUGGUCAGGUAGAUAUUGUCGAAUGUUUGGGCGAACAAAUCAAUCAAUAUGUUCAUCAGGUUCAAAUGCUCAUCACACGUUUUUAUUCACAUCAAGCUGAUAAACAAGAACAAAAUAUUGUUCUAUUGAUGGCUAGAGAUUUUGAUUUUCUAUUCGACAUCAUUUAUGAAGAUGAUCAUGUGGAUAAAAAUUUAAAUCUAAACGAACGUAAAGAACGUCAUCGAAAAUGGAUCAAACAAAUUGAUCAACUAUUGGAACGUUUCUAUACACAUCGUUUUAGUUUUAGUCAAUAUUUUCGUAUCAAUUUCAUUACACAGGUAUUACAUUAUGUAUUUCCACGUGAUAAUUUUAUUCAAUCAAAAUUAUUGAAAUCAUCAAACAAUACAUCGGAACAACAACAAGAACGAUUAUUACCAAUAUCAUCUAUUGAUUCCAUAUUGAAUCGAAUUGAAACAAGCCGUGUAGAACAUGAUAAUGAUAAAAGUUAUCAUUUAGUUCUAUAUGUUCGAUCACAAUCAUUACCAGUGUUGAAAUUUUUCGAUAAUCAAACUAAUAAUCAAUCAAAUCUAAUAUCAACACCAUUUCGUGGAUCAAUACUUAUUGUGAAUGAUGAAAAAGAUCUUUUCAAUGGUUUCCGACAAUUAAUUCGUUCAUUUUUAUAUCUACCAAAUCGUUGCCAAGUAUCUGGUGAAUUUUUUACACAAUUAGAAAUUGAAUCCAUUGUUCAUGCAUUGGUGCAGAAACAUAUCCACGAGACAUUGAAAUCAUUGGAAUCGAUUGAAAAAUUAUUGAAUAAAGUGAGCAACAUGGUUAUUGAAGAGAAAAUUUCACGUCGCAUACAUGAUUCAAUGGAAAUGUCAAUGAAAGCGGCUGAAUUAUUGAAUUCAAAUGGUGAUAUUAUUGAAGCAUAUGAAAAAAGUUGGAUCGCUUAUUCAUAUAGUGAACAAGCAUUCUAUGAUCCAUCAUUAUUAUCAUUACUUUAUUUUCCAGAUGAUCAAAAAUAUGCCAUUUAUUUGCCAUUAUUUUUACCAAUAUCGAUACCAUUAUUGCACAAUGUUUAUCAUCUUUUUAAAAUGUUUAAAAAUCGUAACAUGAAAAUUGAUGAUAAAGAUAAACGGGAAUGAAAAUGAAAUUUUUUUUUUUAUUGAUUAAAUGAAUUCUAUAUAUUCAAUAGUUCGCUCGUCUCUUUUUCUAUACAUUUUUU